AUGUCGACACGGGCUCCUCAAACCAAAGGAAAUUUUAUGGUGAUUCGCCAUCAAUGUCCCGGCUCAAGGCAAGCCGAGAUGCACGGUGCUCAGAGCCUCAGACCGGGCCCAAGCAUCCUUGAGCGAGCUGCCACAAGUCGAACACCAUCCCGACGAGCUCUUUACAGACGUUCUUUGUACCUCACCUGGGGGAAACCCAUCCGUGUCGACCGGCGCCGACUUUCAGCGUUACCACCACCCACCCGAGCUGCGAAACGGUUCCUAGAAUCAGGUCUAGAGUACUUGUACAGGCUCAACAAUGAUGAAGCUGGCGUAACAGCCACCGGAAAGUUGAUUGGAACCCAGAAAUACUUGUACCAGUGGAUCUUCUUAGUUCAGUUUUGCCGCCCUCAAAGCCAUGUGCCUCCGCCCAUCUGGUCAGGGCUGGCCCGUUGUAUCAAACCUUCAGCCGUCAUUCGACGCUGGUGGCCUUGUUCAAAUGUUGGUGAACAUAGAUUUGGUAGCACUAGCAGCCUGAGCUUCUACAUAGCCAAGGUGCUUCUGUGAUCAGCCUAAGGUUGUCUAUAUUUCUCGUGCACGUCGUCCACGAGGUUCCUCAUCUUUGGUUUCCAGCAUAUAUCCCAAAAUUUCUAACGGAGAUCUUUCUUGUUCGGCGUUUCCUGCACGUCACUCGCUCUCCCUUGAAGUUUUCAUAUUCAUAGCAACACUCC